AUAUUCACUCCUCUCAAAUCAUUCCCACUACUUCCAUAAUUCUCGACCGACUUCCCCAACUCCCUAAACCAACUCCACGCGCCGCUAUGUACAGUCACAACGGUACCGCAUUCCCACACGACUUCGACGGCCUGCCAAUGCCGGCGUUGCCCUUCGGGACUUACAACAAUGACUACCACCACUACCAUCAUCACCACGCUGCGGCGGCGAAUGAGUUCAGCAACAACAGCUGUAGCAGCGGUUGCAGCAGCUACGGCGGCUCGCCAACCUACGCGAGUACCACUACUACUACAACUACGACUACUCAUGAUCAUGAGGUUGAACCUAACAUGAUGAUUCAGAGGAGUGUGAGCAGCCACUCGCUCCAGCAGAAGAACAACGUUGGGACCCACCGGCUCGUCUCGGACUUGCUGGAGCUCGAGACCGGCCCCGUCCGGAGGGUGUAUAGCACCGGCGACUUGGAUUUGCAGAGGAUUAACAUUACUAAUGGGGUGCAAGUGCAGCAAAUGCAAAGCAGCAGCUACAGAUCAUCAUCAGAAAGUAGUCCGUUGUCAAGUGAGAGCAGUAUGAUCAUUGAAGGAAUGAGCAAAGCCUGUCGUUACAGUCCUGAAGAGAAGAAAGAGAGAAUCGAGAGGUACAAAAGCAAGAGAAACCUCAGGAACUUCAACAAAACCAUCAAGUAUGCAUGUAGGAAGACAUUGGCAGACAGCAGGCCGCGCAUCAGAGGACGAUUUGCAAGGAACGAUGAAAUUGAUCAGAAAAAUUCCCCUAAUGUUCAGUGGAGCCAAAUGAGUGGGGAGGAAGAUGAAGAGGAUGGCGAUAAUUGGAUCAACCUGCUCGAUGCAUUCUCUUCGAUUGAAUCGAACUCCUUAAUCUAGGACAAUGAAACUACUCUAUGUC